AUGCCCGCAGCGGGCAUGAAUACACAUAUUAGCAGUGAAGGCCACCAGGAGCCUCAUGAUGUCUCCGAGCAACCCGAUUUCUCCAACCCACCAAACCCCGACGGUGAUGCGCAAAGUGUGACCUCGGAAGAGGAGCGACCACCUUUACCCCCACGCCCAAAUACGCUGAGCGGAGGCGACGACUGCGAUUUCACGAGCCGAAAUUGGGACACAAUCGCCAGCAAAAGGGGGAGCGCCUACUCGACGUUGGCUUCUCGUGGUUCUUCCAAUGGUCCCAAGGCCAAGGCGAGCCUAAGUCAGCUAGCGAGUCCCCGGGACAGUGAAGCUGGUGAUUCAGCUAGCAUUCGAAGUUCGAUCCCAAAUGCUGAUGCUGGGGACGUGGAAGCGCUAUUCUUGGACUUCGCUGCUAUAGCCCCCGAAGGCCAAGAACAGCAUGCCACUGGCUUACUUGAGUUCCCCGAAUUUGCAGCCGACAAUAUAGACGAUGAUGGCAUUUUAAGUGAAUUUGAGGCGGUCGGGGAGUUGAACGAAGAAGGCGACAAUGAAGAGCUGUUACUUGAGAGGUGGAAGGCGAAGCGAAAGCACUAUGUCAUUCUUUCUGCGGCCGGUAAGCCGAUUUGGACGAGACAUGGUGACAGUGGAUUGAUAUCUGGCUAUGUUGGAGUCAUUCAAACUAUCAUAUCAUUCUACGAAGAUGCAGACGACCAUCUGCGAAGCUUCACGGCUGGUGAUACCAGGUUCGUGGUCUUAACUCGAGGUUCAUUGCACCUGGUAGCUAUCAGCCGCAUGAUGGAAAGCGAAACCCAGCUUCGGCUUCAGCUGGAAGCGUUAUACAUGCAGAUCUUGUCUACCCUUACACUCCCUUCUAUCACUCAUCUGUUCUCUGUACGACCUUCCACCGAUUUAUCACGGCCUCUUCAAGGCUCGGAGUCCCUCCUAUCAUCUUUAGCGGACAGCUUUACCCGAGGAUCUCCAUCAACAUUGCUGUCGGCUUUGGAAUGCUUGAAGAUCCGCAAACAGCACCGCCAAAGUAUCAGCAACGCCCUCUUGAAGACCAAAGCUAGCAGUUUGCUGUAUGGGCUGGUCGUGGCUGGUGGACGGCUUGUCAGUGUCAUUCGACCCAAGAAGCAUUCUCUCCAUCCCGGUGAUCUACAACUGCUCUUCAACAUGGUAUUUGAAGCAGAUGGAGUUAAGGCCGGCGGCGGAGAGAACUGGAUUCCUGUCUGUUUGCCCGGAUUCAACAGCAGCGGUUAUCUUUACAUGUAUGUCAGCUUCCUGGAUAUUCGCGACGAUAUCGAGAAUAGCGCAGAAAUUACGAAAGACGAGUCUGUCGCCAUAGUACUCAUCAGUCCGGACAAAGAAGCUUUCUAUGAUAUGCAAGGAAUGCGUGACGCUCUUGUGGAGCAAAUGGAGAAGAACGGCAGCCUGAAAGAAAUUAAGAUUGCAAUCGAUAAUGGCCGACCCGCAACUACUGAUAUAGUUCCUGGCACGGUUCUCCACCAUUUCCUAUAUAAAUCGCGUGCGAAUGUGCAAUUUACCAUGUCAUCGUAUGCACCCGAGUUCUCUUCUUUGACUAGACGACGAAGGUUGAUGUCGAUGUACAACAAUCUGCACGCCAGCAUCCAUAGCAAAAACACCCACGUGAAGGUUCAUCACUGUGUUUCACGUUCAGCAAGCUCCUUUGGGUGGGUCACUCCGAUAUUCGAGCUUUAUUGUAUCGCAGAGCCGAACACAAAUCGAAACGCGCUCGCACAAAGUGCAAGUAAGAUCGCUCAGUGGGUGCAGCGCGAGGAAGAGAGACUCUUCAUCAUCGGAGGUGCUGUUUUCUGA